ACUGAGGAAGGUGGCGAACAUGAGGGCCGAGACUAUUCGGUUAAGGAAAGAAAUUAACAAAAUGGAUGUUGCUGUAAAGAAGAAGAAAAAAGUGGUGAAAUUGGAGAAGAAAAAACUCAACCGAUGUCUUACUGAAAACCUGCUUCUGUCAGUAACAGAGCACCUCCUUAGAGGGAUUCUGUUUCCCCCAGGCGGAAACUACUAAAUUAAUACAAUUGGGAAUUGUUGUAUUAGCUAUUUCUGUUCAGUGAUUUAUGUUGCCUUUCGAUGGUUUUUUUCUCAUGUGUUUUUGGGGGUGUUCUUGGAUGUGUUUUU